AUGCUUCCAGAACCAACAAUCACUCUCACUCUCCCUAGCAUCAACGAUGGAACUCCUCUAGAUUGUCGCAUCUACCAUCCUCUCUCACUGUCCGCGAACCCGGAAGCGCCCAAGUGGCUGAAACAUGCUGCUGUGGUUGCUCAUCCGUAUGCGCCUAUGGGAGGAUGCUAUGAUGAUCCUGUUGUAGGCGCUGCGGCGGCGCAAUUGCUACGGAAGGGCUUUUUGGUAGCGACGUUCAACUUUCGAGGUGCGCAUGGAUCCGCGGGACGGACUUCAUGGACUUCGAAACCUGAACGAGACGAUUAUGCGACCGUUGUAGCUUUUGUUCUACACUACGUUCAUUUCCUCGAUCCCUUCAAACCACACCUUGAAACCGUUUUACACAGCGAACCUGUUACGCCGACGAGUCCAGACAUGCCGGUUGGCCUAGAUGUGGCUAUCACUUCAGCACCUCGGAUACGUCCUAUUUUGCUUAUGGGAGGAUACUCAUACGGCGGCUUCGUAACGAGCAGAAUACCCCCGCUCGAUGCGAUUCUUCAACCAUUCAUUUCUCCAAUUGCGGGCUCGGAUGCUGCGGAAGUUCGUCUAAGAGCUGCGCAUCUGGCGGAGCAGCAGAACGUGAUUCUGUCGAGUACCCGGUCCGCUAUGAUGGAGGGGUCGGCGAGGGGGAGGAGUAAGCGCGGUGUCAGAGUCGGUGGUGAUGAAAGCGGAAGUCCCCGACGAAGCCAUUCCAGCGCAAGAAGGAGCUUUUCGUUGGAUGAUGAGAGGUUUCGACGGGGUGUUCAUGAUUUCAUUGCCAAGACCAGAGUGGGAAGACAUUCUCGAAAUGUGUCGCAGACUCAUCCGCCUCCAAUUCCUGAACAGCCUCAACCAGGAGAGUCUCUUCCCAGGAUAACGGAUCUCACCAUACCGCGACCAGCUUACCUCAUGAUCUCACCACCACAGGGCAUAAUCAUGCAUGCACUUACACUAUCUCUCAUCCCAUCAGCGCUAGCAAAGCAUAGGGAUCCUCACGACGUGGCAGCGGAGGAGAAGUUGGUCCGGAAUCCGACAUUGGUGGUCUAUGGAGACGAAGAUGGGUUUACGGCUGCGUCCAGAUUUAGGUCUUGGGCUACGAAAUUGCGAGAGAAGACCGACUCUGGGUUUAGAGCUGUUGAGAUUGAGACGGCGGGACAUUUUUGGCAUGAGGAGGGUGUUUUGGAUGAGUUGAGGGGGGCGGUCGGGGAGUUUGCUACGGAGUUACUUGCAGGAGUUUGA